AGAUUAAACUUGGAGAAAAAAUACCUCCAAGAACUUGCCAGCAUAAACAGCAAUCUUCAUGAAUGUUGUACUUCCCAUAGUAUUAAUGGAGUUCAAAAGUCUUUUAUGGAUUAUGUCGGUAUAACAGAUACUCUGAAACCUUAUCGAGAAGAGUACCUGGAAAAAUUAAAAGUUCAACUGAAUGAAAUGAUUAAAUUUCGGUCAGAACAACAAAAAGCGUAUGAAAAAAACAAGGCUUGGAUGAGCCAAUCCAAUCAAGAGUAUGUCAUUGCUCGACUGAAAAAACUACCAGAUGUAAAAGAAAUUUACACUCAAAAGUGGGAUGAAAUCGAUAGAUCCAGUGCUGGUGCAACAGUCUCUUCACCCAUGCUCCUGACACCAAUGACACCAACACUAUCCACAGGUACUACUUUGUCUGGAGGUGGAUCUGCAUUUCCUCUUUUAAGUAAAAAACUUUCACAUGAUGAAGAAUUGGAUAUUAGAGCAAUGAGCAUGGAUGACGACAGAGUGAGACAGCAACCAUUAAAAUUCUCUGAUGUUGCCGGCAGUCCUCAGCAGAGUAGCAGAAUUGAAAGAUUUAUGAAGAGACAUUUGAAUAAAGCUGAAGAUCCCACAAGACAAAAUAUUAGAGUUGCGAAAUUAAAAGUUGAAAUAGGGGAAGCAGCUUUGAAUGCUGAUUUGGAAUAUAUUCAACAAAGUCAACAGCCUAUUGCUUCUUUAUUAGACUCGGUUCAACAGUAUGAUACCGAUAUGGAAUCUAAAAAAUUCAAUCAUUCUUCGAGCAGAGCAUUCACAAAGUAUCCUAAACCACCUCCUAUAUAUUAUGAAAAUCAUCAUGUUGGCGUUUGCAAAGAUUUAAUAUUUGGAACUUCAUUAACAGAAUAUGCUCAGCAAAGAGGCAGAUCACCACCCUUGUUGAUCACAAAAUGUAUUGAUGCAAUCGAAAGACUUGGCGGAUUAGACCGAGAGGGCAUUUAUCGUGUUUCUGGAAAGCAAAGCAAUAUGGAAAAAAUCAGACACGCGUUUGAACAAGACGAGGAGGCUGUUGUCAUUGGAGAAAAUGAAAUGCCCGAAGAUAUAUUCAGUAUUGCUUCAGUUAUAAAGAUUUUUUUACGUGAAUUGAAGUCACCCUUGUUCCCUUUUAAGCUAACCGAUCGUUUGGUGUAUUCUCGUAAGCUUCAAUCACGUGUCGAGAAAAAUAAAAUGACAACCAGCAAUCUUACCCUUAUUUUUACACCUGCCAUAUUUCAAGAUUUAAAUCAUGCCCAACACUCGCCUGGCGAAUGGGCAAAAGAUUGCGUUCUGGAGGAUUUGAUUAUGAACAGCCAAGAUAUAUUUGCUAAUAAGGAUUUGCAUAACAACUCAGCCAUAACUGGUCAUAUUCAAUAUGGUUUUGACCAUACAGAUGCUCCCGUCCAGUCUAUGCACGCUAAUAGAUAUGCUAUGACAAUCCAAUCGCCUGAUAGUCCAACGGGUAAAAGCCAGGAUCAUAAUGAUGAUGAUGUCUAUUCCUUUGUUGGUGAUGAUGAUGAUGAGGAGGAGGAGGAGGAUGAUAAUGACUUUACUACAUCUUUGCCCGAUGCAAAUAGUAGCUCCACUAGCAUUGUAUCCCAUUUGUCGGCCGAUAAUCUACCAAAAAGAUCUUCUUCAAGAUCCAACUCACCAUCUCCUCCCCUAAGAAAGUACCAAGCCCAUUUCCAAGGAAAGGGACUUAAAGUGGAUACAGGAAGCUCUCCUUCGCUAGAAGUAAGGGAUGGUGCGGAACAUCAUAUUCCAAUCAUCAAAAGCGCCACAGUACCUUCUUAUGACUGGCUUAAAUUCGACCCUGAAAACGCCAAUAAUCCUCCCGCGGUGCCUAAAUUAAGAAGAUCAGCUACCACAGGCAAAAAGAUCAGCAGACGUAAAAUGUCCAUUCACAAUCCUGACGAAGGAGGUGUACCCCCUUUACCACCAUUGCAUCGUGGAGGUAGCUCCUCAACAACCACUACGACUAUACCUUAA